AUGACCACUUCCCUGCAAGAUGGGCAGAGCGCCGCGGGUCGGGCGGCUGCCCGGGACUCGCCGCUGGCCGCCCAGGUGUGCGGCGCUGCCCAGGGGAGGGGCGACGCCCGCGACCUGGCGCCGGCCCCCUGGCUGCACGCGCGGGCGCUCCUGCCCCCUCCGGACGCGACCCGCGGCUGUGCGGCAGACAGGAGAAAAAAGAAAGAUCUUGAUGUUCUGGAAAUGCCAUCUAUUCCAAACCCUUUUCCUGAGCUAUGCUGCUCUCCAUUUACAUCUGUGUUGUCAGCAGGCCUGUUUCCCAAAGCAAAUUCAAGGAAAAAACAGGUAAUUAAAGUAUACAGUGAAGAUGAAACCAGCAGAGCUUUAGAGGUACCCAGUGACAUAACUGCCCGAGAUGUUUGCCAGCUGUUGAUCCUGAAGAAUCAUUACAUUGAUGACCACAGCUGGACCCUUUUUGAGCACCUGCCUCAUGUAGGUCUAGAAAGAACAAUAGAAGACCACGAGCUGGUGAUUGAAGUGCUAUCUAACUGGGGAAUGGAAGAAGAAAAUAAGCUAUACUUUAGAAAAAAUUAUGCCAAAUAUGAAUUCUUUAAAAACCCAAUGUAUUUUUUUCCAGAGCAUAUGGUGUCUUUUGCAACUGAAACCAAUGGUGAAAUAUCCCCCACACAGAUUUUGCAGAUGUUUCUAAGUUCAAGCACAUAUCCUGAAAUCCAUGGCUUCUUACAUUCAAAAGAACAGGGAAAGAAGUCCUGGAAAAAGAUUUACUUCCUUUUAAGAAGAUCCGGUUUAUAUUUUUCUACUAAAGGGACAUCAAAGGAACCACGGCAUUUGCAGUUUUUCAGCGAAUUUGGCAAUAGUGAUAUUUAUGUGUCACUGGCAGGCAAAAAAAAACACGGAGCACCGACUAACUAUGGAUUCUGCUUUAAGCCUAACAAAGCGGGAGGGCCCCGAGACCUGAAAAUGCUCUGUGCAGAAGAAGAGCAGAGUAGGAUGUGCUGGGUGACCGCGAUUAGAUUGCUUAAGUAUGGCAUGCAGCUAUACCAGAAUUACAUGCAUCCAUAUCAAGGCAGAAGUGGCUACAGUUCUCAGAGUAUAUCUCCCAUGAGAAGUAUAUCAGAGAAUUCCCUGGUAGCAAUGGACUUCUCAGGCCAGAAAACCAGAGUUAUAGAAAAUCCCACUGAAGCCCUUUCUGUUGCCGUUGAAGAAGGACUAGCCUGGAGGAAAAAAGGAUGUUUACGCCUGGGCAGUCACGGUAGCCCCACCGCGUCUUCACAGAGCUCUGCCACAAACAUGGCUAUCCACCGGUCCCAACCAUGGUUUCACCACAAAAUUUCUAGAGAGGAAGCUCAGCGAUUAAUUAUUCAGCAAGGUCUAGUGGAUGGAGUUUUCUUGGUACGGGAUAGUCAGAGUAACCCCAAAACUUUUGUACUGUCAAUGAGUCAUGGACAAAAAAUAAAGCACUUUCAGAUUAUACCAGUGGAAGAUGAUGGUGAGAUGUUCCACACCCUAGAUGAUGGACAUACAAGAUUUACGGAUCUAAUCCAGUUGGUGGAGUUCUAUCAACUCAAUAAGGGCGUUCUUCCUUGCAAGCUGAAACAUUAUUGUGCUAGGAUUGCACUUUAG